AUGAAUCUUCUGAACCAGAUGAGAGGUGGACUGGGCAACAACCCCCACAGUGAGGGUUCGUACCCCUACGACCCCUCCAGCUGGCAGCAGCCCACCAACCCGCCCACAGGGUCCCUCUCCGUGGUGACCACGGUUUGGGGCGUGACCAACCCCUCGGCCAGCCAGGGAAUGGGCGGAGGGGGGAUGGGGCCCGGAGCCAACCAAGGCGGGGGCCCCAUGAUGCAGGGCCCCGGGGGGCCCGGCAUGGCCGGGGGUCCUGGCAGCUACAUGGGCCAGCAGGGCUACGGCGAGCCCAGCAAAGGCUACAUGAACCAGGGCAUGUACGGCCGCCCCGCGGGGGGCUACGGCGGAGCCCCGGGGGGCUUCUCCAGCAGUUACCCGACUAACCCCGGAGGCUCCAGAGGCUCGGCUGACUUCACUCAGGCCGCCGCCGCCGCCGCUGUCGCUGCUGCCGCCGCCACGGCUACGGCCACCGCCACGGCAACCGUUGCCGCCAUCCAGGAGAAACACAACCAGGAGAUGAACUACGGACAGAUGGGGGGUCAGGCCUAUAACAACCAGUACAUGACCCACUCCGGACCCCGCGGCCCCCCUGGCAUGGCCACCGGAGGUAUGGGCCCUGGGCCUGGACCCAACAGGGGCCCUCCCUCCAUGGGCCCCAUGUAUGGACCUGGCGGAGGCCCCCAGAGGGUCCCUCAGCACCCAGGCUACGGCCCCGGGCCCCAGCAGGGCCACCUGAGGCCCCCGCAGGGCCUGAAGCGCCACUACAGCUCUGAGUCCUUCCCGGGAAUGUCUCAACAGUACGGAGUUCCCGGCGGUUCAAUUCCAGGUUCGGGCGGAGGCGGCCACGGCCCGUACGCCGGCCCGAACAUGCCGUACCAUCCAGGUCCCGGAGGUCCAGGCCCCGCCCCCCAGCGCUCUGGCUCCUCCCCCUCCUACCAGACCCACAAGCUAUCACAGUACCCCUCAUCAGGGCCGCCCAACCCGCAGUACUACAAGCAGGAACACUUUAACGGUCAGGGUGGAGCUCUUGGCGCCAUGACGACGGGAGGUGCCGCCGGUGUCUACAGCUCCUUCAACCAGCCGUCGGGGCCCGGCCGAGGGUUGCCGGGUUACCCCUCCUCUCCGGUCCCGGGGAACCCGACCCCCCCCAUCACCCCCAGCAGCUCUAUGGCUCCGCCCUACAUGUCGCCUGGCAACACCGACGUAAAGCCGUCGCCCUCUUCCUUCCUCCCCGACAUCAAGCCCAACAUGGCCAGUCUGCCGCCGCCCCCCCCCUCAGGUAACCCUAGCGACGACCUGCGGCUGACCUUCCCGGUGCGUGACGGCGUGGUCCUAGAGCCCUUCAGAUUAGAGCACAACCUGGCUGUGAGCAACCACGUGUUCCAGCUGAGAGACUCCGUCUACAAGACGCUCAUCAUGAGACCGGACCUGGAGCUCCAGUUCAAGUGUUACCACCACGAGGACCGGCAGAUGAACACCAACUGGCCCGCCUCCGUCCAGGUCAGCGUGAACGCCACUCCCCUCACCAUCGAGCGAGGAGACAACAAGACGUCCCACAAGCCUCUGUACCUGAAGCAGGUGUGCCAGCCGGGCAGGAACACCAUCCAGAUCACCGUCACCGCCUGCUGCUGCUCCCACCUGUUCGUCCUCCAGCUGGUCCACCGGCCCUCGGUCCGCUCGGUGCUCCAAGGCCUGAUGAAGAAGAGGCUGCUGCCUGCAGAGCACUGCGUCACCAAGAUCAAGAGGAACUUCAGCAGCGGUUCGAUCGCCGGGACCCCCGGGCUGAACGGAGAGGACGGCGUGGAGCAGACGGCCAUCAGAGUCCUUCUGAAAUGUCCCAUCACCUUCCGCCGCAUCCAGCUGCCCGCCAGAGGUCACGACUGCAGACACGUACAGUGUUUUGAUCUGGAGUCGUACCUUCAGCUGAACUGUGAGAGAGGAACAUGGAGAUGUCCUGUGUGCAAUAAAACCGUUCUGUUAGAAGUUCUGGAGGUGGAUCAAUACAUGCUGGGAAUCCUCAUCUAUGUUCAGAACUCUGAGUACGAGGAGAUCACCAUCGACCCCGUCUGCAGCUGGAAGCCCGUCCCGGUGAAGCCGGACCUCCACGUGAAGGAGGAGCCCGACGGGCCGGCUCUGAAGCGCUGCCGGACGCUGAGCCCGAGUCACAUGGUGCUGCCCAGCGUCAUGGAGAUGAUCGCCUCGCUAGGCCCCGCCCCCUCGGCCGCCUCCUCCCCCAUGCCCUACCCCCCCCUUCCUGGGGGGUCCACCGGGGACUACCCAGGACCAGCUCCGUCCUAUCCCAGUCAACAUACUGGUUUCUCAGACUUCUCCAGUCCUGGGACUCCAGGGGUUGGGGGGGAUUUCUCCUCCCCAGGCCCCCCCCCCCUCUCCUACCAGUCUGAACUCUCCAGUGCUCUUCUCACCCCCGACAAACCCCCCCCACACCCUCUGGCUGGACAGAUGGCCCUCUCAGGCCGCCUGGACUCCACUUCCCAUGGUGCUCCUCGGCCCCAGCAGCCAUCGCAGAGUCACCACGGCAACAUGUUGGCGCAGCAACGCAGCAACCAGAACCCCCGUCUCCAUGGCGACGGCUCCUUCAGCCUCGGCGGGUCAACGGAGGUUCCUGAAGCUUCUUUGGACUUGCUUCCGGAGUUGACCAACCCGGACGAGUUGCUGUCGUACCUCGGACCCCCGGACCUCCCAAACAACAACAACAACGACGACCUGCUGUCGCUGUUUGAGAACAACUGAACACACAGGAAGUAGCUAAAGAUUCUUGUUUUACUAUUUUCCUCUUUGUCCUGCGUUGGACGAAGCUCCGCCUUUUUUAAAGCUCGCCAGCGACCAGGAGGAUUCUGGGAUUUGUACCUUCAAAGUGAGCAGGUUUCUAUGUGAAGCUCCACCAACAGGAAGUGACCUGCUGAUGUCGUUUGUAUGACUGUCCGUUGUUCUUCACCCCGUUGCCCUGGAAACGAGUAGCGCUACUGAUCAUCCAAUCGGCUUUAAUCCUCCGGACCAAUCGGAGACGAGCUCCUCCCCACACGUCUGUUCUGCUGCCGCUCAGCGCUGAUGGAUCUGCUUCUGCCCUCGUGAUGAACGAUCAAUAACCUGAUCGACGGCCGUCUUCAGAGGGACGACAUGUUUCCCUCCUCCAGUGUAUUAUUAAACAUGAUUUUAUAUAAAUAUGAACGAGGGGAGUGAGUCCAUUAAAUAUAUCUGUGUUUUUAUCAGAUAAGAUGCUUCUACCUGUUGCCCUGAGGUCGCUCAUCCUCAUCUUCCUCCUCUUCAUCAUUCGGUCAGUUGUAAAGUUGCUCACUGAGUCCCGCUGGCUUCUGGGUAAAUAUCUGUUGAUGUCUUUGUAAUUUAAUAAACACACUGGAAAGACAUGAGGUGCUUUGAUACAUUGUCACUUUGUGAUCGAUAAGUGAAUAUCAAACAGUUCAUUAUUAAACUACCGACUGUG